AGCCAAACAGGGGGGAAAAGUUCACUUUCCCAGUUUUCUCCGUAACCCAUAAAGCAGAGAAGAGGGAGAAAUGGAGCCUGCUUCCAUCACCACCGCGCUACCCAGUAUCCAGGCCACACCGGCGGCAGCCGCCGUGGGCGGGCUGGUUUUCUCCGUUUAUUUCAUGAAAAAGAUGUUCGUCGAUAAAAAGAAGGCCGGCAACCCCAAUCUCCGGAUGGUUCCGGAGGUCCCGGGCUUGCCGGUGCUGGGGAACUUGCUGCAGCUGACGGAGAAGAAACCGCACAAAACGUUUUCGAAUUGGGCUGAGACUUACGGUCCAAUCUACUCCAUCAAAACCGGUUCCUCCUCCGUCGUCGUUCUCAACACUACCGACGCUGCCAAAGAGGCCAUGGUGACCAAAUUCGCAUCCAUAAGUACAAGGAAAAUGUCAAAGGCUUUGUCCGUGCUCACUCAGGACAAAACAAUGGUUGCAGUAAGCGAUUAUGACGACUUCCAUAAAAUGGUGAAACGCCACGUCCUCACUAACCUGUUGAGCCCAAGCGCCCAGAAGAGACUUCGAUCUCAAAGAGACAUGAUGGUGGACAAUAUAGCAGCCCAAUUGCUGGCUCAUGCCAAGUCCCAUCCUGGAAAGGCUUUGAAUUUCAGGAAGGUGUUUGAGUCCGAGCUCUUCGGUUUAUCCAUGAGGCAAGCAAUUGGGAAAGAUGUGCAGUCUAUUUAUGUUGAGGAAUUGGGGACUACCGUUUCUAGAAGAGGAAUCUUCAAAGCUUUGGUGCUUGAUCCAAUGGAUGGAGCUAUAGAAGUGGACUGGAGAGAUUUCUUCCCGUACCUGAGCUGGAUUCCCAAUCCGAGCUUUGAAGCGAAGAUCGAGCAGAUGCAUUACCAGAGACAGGCUGUGAUGAGUGCCCUGAUCGCCGAACAGAAGCAGCGAAUUGCGUCGGGAGAGGCGAUCGAUUGUUACGUCGACUACUUGCUGGCUGAAGGCAAGAACCUGACAGAUCUCCAGGUCUCGAUGCUGAUAUGGGAGACGAUCAUCGAGACAUCCGAUACUACGCUGGUGAGCACGGAGUGGGCGAUGUUUGAGCUUGCGAAGAACCCUGACAUUCAAGAAAGACUCGUCUGCCAAAUCCAGGCCGUCUGUGGGUCCGAGGAAGUCUCCGAGCAACACUUGUCGAAGCUUCCUUACCUGAGCGCCAUUUUCCACGAGACGCUCCGAAGGCAUAGCCCUGUUCCUGUCAUCCCCUUGCGCCACGUGGAUGUUGACACGGAGUUAGGAGGGUACCAUGUCCCUGCUGGAACCGAGAUAGCGAUCAACCUAUAUGGAUGCAACAUGGACAGCAAGCAAUGGGAAAAUCCUGACGAGUGGCUUCCUGAGAGGUUCCUAGGUGGGGGAUCGGACCCGAUGGAGCUGCAUAAGACGAUGGCGUUUGGGAGCGGGAAGAGGGCUUGUGCAGGAGCCCUUCAGGCGAUGCUGAUAGCUUGCACAUCGAUCGGGAGGAUGGUGCAGCAAUUCGAGUGGCGAUUGAAGGAAGGAGAGGUAGAUAAUGUGGAUACCGUUGCGCUCACUGCUCGUAAACUUGACCCCUUGCACGUUAUUAUCAAGUCAAGAAGCUAGAGAAAGUGUACUUAUGGUAUGUGUUUUGUUUAGGGCAGGCAAUGUUAUGUUUCGGCUUGAAGGGUAAUCGAAUGGAAUGUAGUUUGGCUAAUAAGGAAU